UAUUUUUUGAGUGAGGAUGGGGGGACACUGUUUUCAUGUCGUUUUUCCCAAAGGCCCCGGGACGUUCUUACGUAUUUCUCAGGCAGGAGAAGGAGUUAGAAAACAGGGACCAGAGAAAAACCAGCCUGUUUCCUAGCAACUGUUUCCACAGCAACCACGCGGCUAACAACGCUAAGCGGUUUCAGGAGUGGCCAACUAGUUUCUUCCUGAAAAGGGUUUGCUACGAAAGGGUCAAAGGGAGAUUAUCAUACGAAAGAGAAAUUUUAAUUCCUUGUUAAGAGAGCAAGAAAAGAAAAAAGCGGCGAGAAAAGGAGCAGAGACUGGGAUAGGGAGCCAUAAGUGGAGUAGUUGUUAAGGAAUUCUUUGGUGGCCAUGGACCCAUCCUGCACUUCCGAGAGUAUAUAUAACCUCAUACCCAGUGACUUGAAGGAGCCGCCCCAGCCUCCUAGGUAUACAUCAGUGUUUACAGCAACUGUAAAAGAUGACAUGAAGAAAUCCAAAACUGCAAUGAAAACUAUGGGGCCUGCAAAAGUGGACGUACCUUCCCCAAAGGAUUUUCUAAAGAAACAUUCAAAGGACAAACCUCUACCACCUAAAAAAAAGUUUUAUAUGGGUACUUCCAAGAAGCCUGCAGUGCCCUUGAGGACUGAUCAUCCAAUCAUGGGAAUACAGAGUGGAAAAAACUUCAUAAACACAAAUGCAGCUGACGUCAUCGUGGGCGUGGCCAAAAAGCCUAAGCCAAUUUAUGUUGACAAAAGAACUGGAGACAGGCAUGAUCUUGAAACUUCAGGACUACUUCCCAAGUACAUCAAUAAAAAGGAUUAUGGUAUCACUCCUGAAUACAUCUGUAAGCGAAAUGAGGAUAUGAAGAAAGCCCAAGAGGAGUAUGACAACUACAUUCAGGAGAACCUUAAGAAAGCAGCUAUGAAGAGACUCUCUGACGAAGAACGGGAGGCCGUCCUGCAGGGGCUGAAGAAGAACUGGGAAGAGGUGCACAAAGAGUUCCAGUCCCUCUCAGUCUUCAUAGACUCCAUACCAAAGAAAAUCCGCAAGCAGAAGCUGGAAGAGGAGAUGAAGCAGCUGGAGCAUGACAUCAGUGUCAUCGAGAAGCACAAGAUCAUCUACAUUGCCAACAAGUGAGAAGAUCGCUGCAGAACAGAAACAGAAAGAAGGAAAAAAACCCACAGAGGACAUAAAAAUAAACCCAUGCUUUUCCAAGAGGAUUAUGAAGAGAAUAAAAAGUUUUCACCAAAAAUGUAGGCAAUGUUGAAAGAAUAGUUGAAUUAUUCACUGUACUAGAGAAAAUCUUCUCCCCCAGUGUCACAGUUCUGCUUAUCAAGAAACCAUUAAAGUUUGAAGCUGCA